UUGUACCACACACAUUGGAGAACUACACCAGCGGAAAACAUAUAAACAGCUUCUUAACAUUCCAGCAAAGAUAACCUGCCCUGACAAAAGGAUUACUUUUGGCUCUGGCAAAAACAUUUUUACAAUUUUUUUUUCUACUUGUGUGAAGUUCACAUGGCGAUCAGAGCACAGAUGGAAUGGAACUGCAUUGUGUCUCUUCUGGUCAUCUGUUCCAUCAACAAGCUGCCGGUGGUGGCAACGUCAGAGCAUCUCACCCAUGUGAAUGAAGUUCAGCAGCAGAACCUAAUUGCGAAGGCCCAGUACCAGUGUUUCCAGAGGAUCAUCAAGGAGACACACCAAAAAACGAAAAAAAAUGGGCUGGUGUGCAACGCGACAUGGGAUGGAUGGCUGUGCUGGGAUGAAGCAGAAGCUGGAGUGAAAGAACAAAACUGUCCAGGCUACUUCAGUGAUUUUGACACUCAAGUGAUGGCAUCCAAAGUCUGCACAGAGACAGGAGAAUGGGGACGCCACCCAUCAAGCAACAGAACGUGGACGGACUAUACAAACUGCAAUUCCAAUUCUACGAAUCAUGGGAGGCAGGCAGCAAUGACUCACUUUUACUUGAUCAUGAUUGGGCACGGACUGUCACUGCUCUCCCUCCUCAUAUCGUUGGCAAUAUUUUUCUAUUUCAAGAGUUUAAGCUGCCAGAGGAUAACCCUUCAUAAAAACCUGUUCCUCUCUUUUGUGCUGAACUCGGUUGUUACCGUUGCAUGGUUUUCGGUAAAUAAAGAGGAUUCCGCCAGCUGCAAGCUGCUUGCAUUCAUUCAAAUGUAUAUAAUGAGCUGUAACUACUUCUGGAUGCUUUGCGAGGGCAUCUACCUGCACACCCUGAUCGUGGUGGCCGUGUUUGCAGAAAAACAGCAUCUGAUGUGGUAUUAUUUGCUGGGAUGGGGUUUUCCACUUGUGCCGGCAGUCAUAUAUUCAAUAGCACGUCACUGCUACUACAACGAUAAAUGCUGGGUCAGCUCCGCUACUGCCUUGCUGUACGUUAUUCAUGCUCCCAUCUGUGCUGCAUUAGUGGUGAAUUUUUUCUUCCUGCUGAACAUCGUCCGGGUUCUCAUCACCAAGCUCAGAGUUACUCACCAAGCGGAGUCCAGCCUCUACAUGAGGGCCGUGAGGGCCACCCUCAUCCUCAUCCCGCUGCUCGGCAUCCAGUAUGUCCUUCUCGCGUACAAACCCAACGAUCACUGGAUAUUCGAAAUCUACCUGUACGUCAUGAACAUCCUCAUGCAUUACCAGGGUCUCUUGGUAUCUACAAUAUUCUGCUUCUUCAACGGAGAGGUACAGACGGUUCUGAGGAGACACUGGAACCUGCAGAGGAUGCAGUUUGCGGGCACUUUUGCAAACGCUGACUUCUUCCGCCCAACUUCUUAUGUGGCAUCCUCGCUCACAGAGGUCCACCGCUGCUAUAGCAUUGAAAGCCACACGGAGCACACGAACGGCAAGGGCUACCCAGACAUAUUCAGAUCGGACAGCCCCUUCGUGUGAAGGCAAAAAGGUCAGCGCUCAGCUCCCGAAGCUCCCAAAGAUGAAUGUUUUAUAAGGGCUACGUCUCUGGUCACGGCGACUACAUUCAAACUCUUUCUUUUUUUUUUCUAUCUCCAAUGCAAUAAUACACAUAUUCUGCUUUUUUUUUUCAUGAGUCUGUAAGAAACAUGAGGGGG